UAAUUUUUGAUGAAAUGCAUGUUUCAAAGGAGCUGUCGUACAAUCCAGUGUCGGACAGAUUUGAAGGCCUUGAAGAGUACAGUGCAGCACAAGGUCCAAAUCUUGCAAACAAGGCGCUUGUGUUCAUGGCCAAAGGAAUAUGUACGCCGUGGAAGCAGCCUCUUGGCUACUUCUUUGCAGAUAAGGCAGCGCCUGCAACUGUUCUGCAUGACCUUCUCUUCAAAUGACACAAAAUGUUGGUUGGAGCUGGAUUGCAGCCUGUGGCUGUGGUUUGUGAUCAGGGGAACCAAAAUGUUUCUCUGUUUUCGAAACUUGUGACCCCUGAAAAGCCGUACUUAAGUGUGAAUGGUGAACCGCUUUUCUUUAUUUUUGAUCCACCGCAUUUGCUCAAGUGCUUGCGCAAUAUGCUCUUCAAGUAUGACUUCAGGGUAGGCAGUGACACAAUUAAAAGCUCGUACAUACGACAGGCUUAUGAGAAGGAUCGAGAAAUGCAAAUUCGGUCCAUCCCAAAGUUGAGUGCCCGGCACUUUAAUUUAACUUUUGCUUCGAAGAUGUCUGUGAAACUCGCAGCACAGGUAUUCAGCAAUGAUUGCGCUGCUGCAUUGUGCACAUUGGUAACAUUCCAACAGUUGCCAUCAGAGGCUAUCCACACAGCCAGAUUUGUUGAGAGGAUCGAUAGACUCUUUGACAGUCUAAAUACUUCACAGAAGCGGGGAAAGUCUCCGUAUGCAUCUGCAAUUUGUGCAGGAUCUGUGCAUGAAGAGUUUUUGGAAGAGUGUAUUGCAGUUUUCGAAAACAUCGAAGUUCUAGGCUGUGCGCGGCAGCCUCUUUGCAUCCGUGGCUUCUGCCAAACUAUGAGGGCUGUGCUGCUGUUAUGGAACCACCUGGCCUCUCGCUAUGGUUUGACACACCUCCUUACCAGGCACCUGAACCAGGAUGCACUUGAAAACACCUUUGCUAUUGUUAGGUCGAAAUCUGGAUCGAACAGCAACUCGUCUUGCCGGCAGUUUCAAGCAGCAUUUAGGCAUCUUUUAGUUAGCAACCUUUUCAAACUGUCGGAAAGCAGCAACUGUGCUGAAGACAUGUCUAGCCUUCUAGCCACUCUCCCAGUUUGUUUAUCUAAGUCUGCUCCUUCUCUCUGUACAGCUGCCACAUCUUUGCCAGUUGCAGUAGAAGUUUUGCCAUAUGAUUAUCAGUCUCCAAUACUAGAGAACAACAUUGUCUAUUUUGCUGGCUGGCUUGCCUACAAGUUUAUGAAUGAUCACAGGUGUGUUACAGGGCCACAUACGUGCGAGGUGAGGCUAGAAAAUGCCGCCUUUGCCGAUCAGAGCCAAGUUCUCUUGUACUUAAGUGUCAAAAAUCCUGGAGAAGGUGACUUUGGGAGCCUGUCAGUUCCUACACCCUCGUUUGUAGCUUUCAUCAAUGCUUGCGAGCAGGUUUUUGUCGCAUCUAGUUCCAAUAUUGUGGGAAAAGAACAAGUAGGGCAUGAUCUGUGCAUGUUGCUUCAUGCCAAGGUAGAAAAAUCGCUGACUGUGUGUGGUGAUGACGUUUAUGAUGGUUUGUUUGCCCUGUUCGUCAGGGUGAGGCUGCAUUGGCUUGCACGCAGAAAAAAUCUUGAACUGCACAGUCAAACUACUAAACGGAAAGCCACGAAGCAAGCACUGAGGCUAAGCAAAUGAAAAGGAUGCAAUUCCCGAGCUGUUGGCUGAAUAUUUUGUGAAGUUGCAGGCUAUUAUGCAGCCUGUGCAACAAAUCAGCUUAGUCUGGUUUAACGGUUGCAAAGGGUUUUUUUCUGGUUCACAGCCUGGUUUUAUUCUUUCAUGUUUUACUUGUGUAUUUUGAUUUGCUAGGAUGUGACGUGGUUGCUCACAGGGGCAAUGGUUUAACAAUGUAGCAUCUUUCAUCGUUCAUUCCACUAUGUCACUCUUUUAGGGUACUUUUAUGCCAUGUACAGCCUGUUCAAGUGUCACCUAUGUACUUGUGCAAUAUUGUCAGAUAAAACGCCAUACCGAUAAAGCGAAUGCCUCUGAAAGGAGACUUUCUAGGCAAUGGAUUAACCUAGUUUCCGUGGCGCUGGGAUUAAUUUUUCCACCUGCUCGCCCCCCCUGCAGUUCCGUGCUGGCAGGUAUAAUGAAAUCAACCAUUGUCAUCAUAACUACCACUCGGCACCACUGGCUACCAGGCCACCUUUUAGCAGGCUAGUUGCAUCUCAGAGUUUUU